UAUCUGAUGAGCACUGUUCAUCCAAAUGAUUCGGUUCUUUUUGUCAUUGGACAGCUGGAAGUUAUUCAGAAUGAUUUAUACGCGAAUGCGGUUGAGACUUCUUAUAUUGAUGUUUCUUUUUUGGAAAUGAAUCAAGCUAUAGCCAAGUCAUCUACAUCUAAUUCUUAUUCGUCUAAACGUGUUAGAGUUGAAGAUGAAGAUCCUAAUCAUGUCGAUUCUGAUUAUAUUUCAGAUGAGUUUGAUCAUGAUAAGGAAUACAUAGAAAGUAAUGACUUGGAAGAAAGUGUAACUAAUGGAAGUAAGAAACCAGGACACAGUUGUAGAAAGGCAAAUAAGAGGGAAUUGAAUUCUUCAGUUGUGCAUAAUACCAAAAAGCGAUCUGAGAUGCUUAAAGGCAUAAAUAAUAGUACAGAUGGCGGAGAGUAUUAG